AUGUCCCGGGUCCUGGAGUGGAAGAGGGCAGAGCAUAGUCCAGGAGCUCCUGGGGCCAGCUGCGAUGGCAGAGGUGGCAGAGGCAGCAGUGGGAGUGGCCCCUCAGGCGGUUUGGGGCCUAGAGCCACAGGCUCCCAUGAACCACCACUCUGCUUUAGACUGGAGAACCAUCUGGUUGGCUCAGUCAUUGGUCGUGGUGGGUCAAAAAUAAAAGACCUACAGCAUUCGACAAACACUACAAUACAGAUAAUAAGCAGGGAUUCAGAAGCAGUAGUGAAAAUUUUUGGCAGCAAAGGCCAAAAAGCAAAGGCCAAGGCAGCUAUAGAUACUCUUAUUAAAAGACAAGAAAGGUACCGUUCAGAAUCGGAUGUGGAUAAUGCUGCGUCCCAACCUCCUGUUGGGAGAGACGUAAGCACAGUUAACGUUGUCAGAGAAGCUCCGCCAUUGAUUGAUUGGGAUCGUAUUAAGGCAGAAGCCGUGGCCUGGGAGAAAAGAAAAUGGGCAGAUUUACCACCAAUUAAGAAAGACUUUUACACAGAAUCCAAAGCUACAAGCUCCAUGUCUAAAGAACAGGCAGACACGUGGAGGAAAGAAAAUUACAAUGUAAUGUGUGAUGACUUGAAAGAUGGUGAGAAGCGUCCCAUCCCUAAUCCAGCUUGUGAAUUUGAGGACGCUUUCUAUGCGUAUCCAGAACUUAUGAAAAGCAUAACAAGGGCGGGUUUUCAUAAACCAACACCAAUUCAGGCACAGGCAUGGCCCAUUGCCUUAAAAGGAGUAGAUCUUAUAGGAGUUGCCCAAACUGGCACAGGCAAAACAUUGUCCUACUUAAUGCGCAUAACUUCGUAUAGCAUACAUUAUACGAAGUUAUACGAUACAUGUUGA